GAGCUCCUCGCGCGGAGCGGAGUUUCGUGAUUGGAGAGGUGCACUUACAAUAAUCUGCAUCUCUUGUGGUUUUGCCUCGGUUUAAAGGAAAACUGUGGUUUGAUCGUUUUGCCCUGAUCGUUUUGCCCUGUGACAACUGGGCUCGGUCCGAUCAAACCGGUAGAUGAGAACGAGGGACGACGAAGAGGAACAAGGUGCCGCCUCCCUCUUCCCAUCGGAGCUCGCCUCACCGUCAGUCCGCACGGGCCGCCUCACCGGCCACCGCCGUGACAUCGGAGCUCGCCGCGCCGCGUGUCACCCCCAAGCCCGCUGGAGCUCGCCGCGCGCCACCCCAAAAUCCCCCAAAACCGCACUCCAACUUCUUGCUGCUCUCCCUCGCUUAAUUUGACCCGUCUCCCUUUGCUCGAGGCGAGGUGUUGAGCGGAGGUGCCGGUCGGUGGUAGGGCGCGAGACCACCUGUUCGACGGAAUGUCUUAGAGGCUUUUAACGACGAAGAAAACAUCAAGACGGCCGUGGCCGGCGGUGAGGACCUCAUCGGCAUCCCACGGGACAAGCUCCUGCAGACGAGCUCGGCAGCUUCGCCGGAGGCGGCAUGUUCAACAGAAGGUCCAGGAGGCUCAUGGAAAGGACGAUGGCCAGUGGCAAGGACCGCAUCAGCGCCCUCCCCGACGACCUCCUCCUGCAUGUGAUGUCGUUCUUGCUUUCCCGCGACGCGGUGCGGACGUGCGUGCUUGCUAGGCGCUGGAGCACGCUCUGGAAGUCCGUGCCUGCCCUACACAUCGAGGAUGACCUUGCGACUGACUCCAACAAGUUCAUGGAUGAGCUGCUGCGCCUCCGUGACCCAGCGCCGUUGAAUGUAUGUGACAUCUGUGAUGUGUGCAAGGCUUCGGAUACAGAGGAUCCGGAAAAUGUUUGCGAGGUGACAUCCAAUCUCAUUGCGCCGUGGCUCCGGUAUGCUUUGUUGCAUGAAGUUCGGGUGCUACGAGUUUCUGCUCCUGCGUUUCCAACCGACCUCGUUCCCAUCUCUUCACACCUAAAGAGGAUAGAGCUUUGUCUUAUGAAGUUUGAUGACCCUCUGGAUCUUUCGAGCUGCCAGGUGUUGGAUGUGUUAGAGAUGACAUAUUGUAACAUCUAUGAGAGUAUCUUUUGCCAGUCAUUACGACACCUUAACAUGAAACACGGAUGUUUUGACAAUGAAAUCCGCUUUCGUAUUUCUGCCCCAAAUCUCGUUAGCUUGAAACUAGCUCCAGAGUCAGGCUUGACUCCAUUGCUUGAUAGCAUGCCAUCACUGGUAACAGCAUCUGUUGAAUCUUCUGAAGAGGAGUUUCAUCACUGUUUUGUUUUCUCAUCAUGUGAUGAAGGAUGCAAUAGGGAAGAAAGAUUUUCUGUUGUUUUGGAAGGCUUGUCUACUGCUACAAACUUAGAGUUAACAAGUGAUGAUCGGUUAUCUGUUUUCAGAAUGGAUUUGAAAUGGUCACCUGUGUUUAGCAAGCUAAAAACGUUGUUGCUGAAUGAAUGGUGUGUGGCUGAUGAUUUCACUGGAUUGGUUUACUUUCUCCAGCACUCACCAAUUCUAGAGACACUCAUGCUACAACUUGAUACUCCAAAGUAUAAGAGACUACAUGUGGAUGAAACAGAUGAAAGGUAUACCCGAAAGGAGCAAUCAUUACUAUCAAAGCAUCUCAAGAUAGUCAAAAUCAUACGUGGCACGAUGAAGCAAGAUACUAGAGUUUACCGUGCUUUGAAGAUGCUCUGUGCCCAUGAGGUGCCUCUUGAGAAAAUUGACAUCCAAUCCUCGAAAGGAACGAUGGCGCUAUCACGUAGUAUGAGGACAUGCUUGCAUAGUGGAAGACUUGCCGCCCUGGCAAUACUGGUCUCUGCUGGGAUCGUAUUGCAGAUUUUGGCAUGUGCUCUUUAUAACAACUGGUGGCCAAUGUUAACAGUUCUGAUGUACCUCAUACUACCCAUGCCACUCAUAUUUUUCCUGGGCUCCGAUUCUCCGUCGAUCAUGUCGAACGAGAAUGAUGGGUGGGUGAACUUCACCAAGUUCCUGACGGGCGCGUCGAUCGUGGGCAGCAUCGCCAUCCCGUCGAUACUGAAGCACGCCGGCGUUAUCGGGUGGGGCGCGCUGACGAUGGAGCUGUCCUCCUUCGCCGUCUUCGGGCUGGCCAUCGUGUGGUUCCUCCAGAUGAACUCUGAGGACGAGUACAGCGCCUUCUGAUCUCCAGAGCUUCAUCCUCUCCUGAAUCUAUGGUCUGCGUGCUAUUGGCGGUACCACACUAGAAAUAGGGAUCAUCAACUUGUGAAUAUCUACAGUAUGAUUUGGAGCAUUGGUGUGCUUGACCUUGCUUAUAUCAGUGAAGUGUGCCUGUUCAGUUGCGUGUACAGAUAUCCUCUGCCUGCUAGCAAUUGGAUUUCUGUUGGUAGGAACUUGAACUUCCAUUGAUGAUCUCACUUGCAUCGGUCAGCUGUUUGCCAUGGCAUCAGUGCAUACUCUGUCUAGCUUCUGCCGCCUUUCGUCGGUAUGAUAUUUCAACAUAAUGCAUCUUGCUUUGA